ACACAAAUUCUGUAAAAUCAGAGAUCGAAGCAGAAAGACAGAAGGCAGAUGCUGCCUGAUCCGUUGAGUGACUCCAGUCUCCAGCACUUAAUGUAUUUUUUUAUAAAAUUAAUUAAUUUUGGAACAUAGAAACAAGUUAUUUGCCCUGACCAGUCUUUGCUUAUGUGCUAAACACAAGUCGCCUCCUACCAUUCAUCAUAAUAAUAAUAAUAAUAAUAAAUUUUAUUUAUGGGCGCCUUUCAAGAGUCUCAAGGACACCUUACAAAAAUUUAGCAGGUAGAGGAAAAACAUGUAAUGGGAAUGAAAUAAAUAGUAGAGACAUGACUAGCACACAAAGUAAAGACAGAAUUCAAUUCAAAACACAAUAUGAGGCAAUUAAUGCACAGAUGAAAAGGGAGGGGGACGACGUGGGACUAAGGAUAGGCAGAGGUGAAGAGAUGGGUCUUGAGGCGGGACUGGAAGAUGGUGAGGGACACGGAAUUGCGGAUCAGUUGGGGGAGGGAGUUCCAGAGCCUGGGAGCUGCCCUGGAGAAGGCUCUGUCCCCAAAACUGCGGAGGUUGGACUUGUGGAUGGAAAGGAGACCGGCUGAUCAUCCACUAAGUUUGCAGAUGACACUAAAGUGGGUGGUAUUGUAGAUAGUAAAGAUCAUUGUCAAAAAUUGCAGCAGGAUCUUGAUUAGUUGGGCAGAGAAAUUGUUGAUGGAAUUUAAUAUGGAGGAAUGUGAGUUGUUGCAUUUUGGGAAGUCUAACAUGGGCAGGACCGAUACAGUGAAUGGUAGGGUUCAGGGGAGUGUUGUAGAGCAGGGCAAUCUAGGAGUGCAGGUACACAGAUUCCUUGAAAGUAGUGUUACAGGUAUUUCGACCUGAAUCGUUGCCUAUUUCCUUCGCUCCAUAGAUGCUGCCUCACCCGCUGAGUUUCUCCAGCAUUUUUGUCUACCUCACAGGUCGAUAGGGUGGUCAGAAAUGAUUUUGGAACAUUGGACUUCAUCAGGCAGAGUACUGAGUAUAGAAUUUGUGAGGUCAAGUUACAGUUAUAUAUAUUUCGUUGGUGAGGCCGCAUUUAGAGUUUUUGACUUUUGUAUUCAGUUUUGGUCACCAUGUUACAGGAAAUAUGUUGUCAAGCUGAAAAGGGUGCAGAGAAGAUUUCCAGGGAUGUUGCCAGGACUUGCGGGCCCAAGCUAUACGAACUUGUUGAGCAGGAGGAUGGGGGGUGAUCUUAUAGAGGUGUACCAAAUCAUGAGAGGAAUAGAUUGGAAUAGAACACAGUUUUAUUUCCAUAGUCGGGGAUCGAGAACCAGAGGGCAUAGGUUUAAGGUGAGGGGAGAAAGAUUUAAUAGGAACUUGAACUUGAACUUUUUUACACAAAGGGUGGUGGUUGAAUGGAACGAGUUGAGGCAGGGACAAUCGCAAAAUUUAAGAAACAUGGAUAGGAACAGGUUUAGAGGGUAAAUGGGCCAAAUGCAGGUAGGUGGGACAUUUGGUCAGCAUGGGCAAGACCAAGGGGCCUGCUUCCACCCUGUAUGAUCAUAUGACACUACUACCUUUGUCUCAUCUUACCUGCAAGCCUUCUACCUUUGUCCAUCUGAAAUAUGUACCUAGAUUUCCUUGAAUUUCUCAUUGUUGUUUGCAUCAACUCUUUCUUUUGACAUGUUUUCCUUGUGAACUUUCUCCAAAAUUCUUGGAUGGAGAUAUUGUUCCUUUCCAUUUUUUUUUAAGGUUCGCAGUCUCAGCUCUCACAUAAGUGAGGCCAUCUGAUGAAACAGUUUCUGGUUUAUCAAACCCCAUUUAAAGAUGUUCAUGGAGUCACAUCUCAGCCACCUCUUUCCUCGAGAAAUGAAUCCCAGUCUGUUCAUGUUCCAGCUGAUUUAUUUUAGUUCUGAUAUCGGCCCGCAAGUUACAACCACUCAACAUCAGUGAGGUUUAGUUAGCAAAAGUUUAGUUUAGCUUUACCUCUUAUUUAUUUUUCUCAAAUAGAACAGUUACAUUUUAUCAGAACAACAGGUAGACCCACUGCUUCACAGCGCCAGAGACCCUGGUUCAAUGCUGACCUCAGGUGUUGUCUGUGUGGAGCUUGUAAGUUCUCUCUGCGACCCUGUGGGUUUCCACCAGGUGCUCCAGUUUCCUCCCAUAUCCCAGACAUGCGAAUUUGCAGGUUAAAUGGCCUCAGUAAAUUGUCCUUAGUAUCCAGGCAGUGGAUGCGAGUGGCAAUUAAGAUAAUGAUGAAGGGGGAGGAUGACUGAUUGGAGGAUUCUUUGGUUUUGUGAUGCCAAUAAAGAAGCCUAUGAUGUCAUCAAGCAAGAGGAUAUGGUUUCAAUGAUGAAACAAUCUUAUGCAGAUUACAUGUAUUAUUUUAGAGUUUUAUGUUGUGAAUCACUGCAAACAUAUUUUACUGGACCAGCUCAAUAUGAUUGUCAUAAGAUUUGGGAUCAUGUAGAUUCCUUUCAGCAGGUGAACUGUAGAGAACAUGGGAAGUUAAAAUCCUGGUGGACAGUAUCAUUAAUGCCGCAAAAGGACCAUGAGACCUCUACCAGUGUUCUACCUGUAUGUUUUGUACCACUUGUCGUGGCUCAGAAGCACAAGAAUGAAUGUAUUAUACCCGCUUCCCAAGACUAAACAUCAGUCAGUGGUGGGAGUGCAAAAAGGUCAAUCGUUUACAGCAAUGUGCAAUCUCAACAAGAUUAAAUCUGAAUCUGGCUCCUUUGACGUCGAAUGGGAGCGAACCACGGAUGGCUACACUUUGGAGAGGAUCUUGCAUCACGCUUAUAAUCCUAAUGAGCAAUUAGUUCAAUACCUAACUGAAAAGGUCAAAGCAAGAGUACGUGAAAGCUCUCUCAAUUCGAGUUUCUCCAUUUUGAAGAUUAACCCAGCAUUGCUUGAGGACAGUGGGAAAUACUUUUGCUCCAUCAAUGGAGUCAAGAAUCUCAUCAUUACUCUCUUUGUUUGUAUACCAUUCAAGGAUAUGUUUAUGGACUAUGAACCUAAAAAAGUUAAAGAAGGAACUAAAGUGACAAUAACCUGUGCAGCUAAGGAAGGAUACCCUGAACCUUAUAUUCGGUGGAUUGCUUCAGGUAAUGACAUUUCACAAAAGGCAAUCACUGUGAUGGAGAGACUACCCAACAAAACAUUUGAUGUGAGAAGUUCUAUUGUGGUCAGUGUCCGGAAGGGAGAAAGGUAUGUUUGCAGCAUUUGGAACAAAUACAUUGAAAAUUUAUUGAUCGACUGGGUUUUGCCUUUGCCAAGUGUUAAAGUUUCAACACCAUACAAAGAUGUAGUGGGAAUAGCUGGAAGUAGUGUUGAACUCAUUUGUAAUAUCUCUGUUCCGGAUAAAGAGCAUCUCACUACUGCUGACUUAGGUUUCUAUUGGUUCAAUAAAGAUCCGAAUAGCAGAGAGCGCCUGGUGUACUCUUUUGUCAAUGAGGAAGAAAAUCUAAUUGGCCAGCAUCCAAGAUAUGUUAACAGGGUUUUCUUAUACUGGGAGGACUUUCUGCAUGGAUCACCAAACCUGAAGAUAAAAAACAUCUCUAUUGAAGACAUGGGGGAGUACAUCUGUAGAGUUAAUGACACUGAACAGUUUAUUGGUGAAGACCUUUUGGAGCUUCGAGUGGCAGCACCCUAUAGUGAUCCAGUAAUUACAUACAAAAAAAACAAAACUUCCAACUUCAAAGACAUAUUUCUCCUCUGUCACUCCCAAGGAGGUUUCCCUUUAGGAAGCGUCAGGUGGCUAUCAAGUAAUGGCAGUGACAUCACCUCUCGCUCAAAAACUGUAAUCUAUUUGUCAAAUGGAUACUUCAAUUUCAAUAGUGGGAUCCAUAUUUCAAUAGAGGAAGGAACUCGUUACACCUGCGUCAUAUCAAAUCCUUGGCUAGCAGAAGAUGUAAGCUCAACAGUAACCUUUGUUGAAGAUUAAGUCUAGAUUUAAUUACCUGUGGAAUAUUUGUUUGGAAAAAUAUUGUAUGGUUUGUUAUUAAAUGAUUGAAAUUGCUGCCUUUAUAAAGUAUGCCUAUAGCUUCUGUAGUUCAUUAAAGCUUCAUAUUGCAUUCCUGCAGCAAAUUACUUUUACAUCGUCAGGCAGUGAGUGUACCGAUACAUUGGCCGAAUUAUCACGCUGAUCUUCCUCGUAGUCUCUGAAGGGAAAUAAAAACCUAUUUUCAGGCUUUCAUAGUCACCAAGACGUAAAACUGACACUGUAGAUCAGUUGCUGGACCAUGGAAAUGCAAAACCUGAUGCUACUGCAGGCAAUCUGCAGUUCACACCCAUUCAGCACUAUGCCUUUGCAUCAACAAAGGCCAUUAAAACAUUAUACUUACAACAUGUCCACUUUCCAUUCUUCUUCAGAAAAUGCAGUUAUUACUCUCACUAAAUGUGAUCUCAUUUGCUCCAUUGUAAAAUCUUAGUUUUUUUUCCCCCCCUUCAGCAACUCGCAACUCUACUGAAGCCCAAAGCCUUCAAAGAGAGGACGACAAAAUAGGUGACAAAUAGUUCACGAGAAAAUUAUAACAAUGGCUAAGAGAAAGUACUGGUGGCAAAAGUUAACAAUUGAGCACAGGGAGUGAGAGCAGGAGAAACUGUGGUGAUUGCAAUAGACAGAAAUGGCAGGAAACAACAGGGCAAGGAUGAAUGAGGAAUUACCCGAUUUAUUUAUAGGAAAUAAUAUUCAACCGGAGAAUUUAUUCACUAUCCGGAAAUCUCAUUAAUACACUACAACAAUUUGUUUGCAAAUCCUCCAUGAUCAUCUCCAUUCCUGUAAUCAACCAGUCAUCUUCACUAGUUCUCACUUUUGCAUUUUCUGAAUCCAGAUUUAUUUCCAUUUCAUCAUUAUGGACAGAACCUUCACCUAAAUAUCACAGUUCUGAAAUUCAGUUCCCAACUUUCUGUUUUGUCAAAUGAUUUUCAAACAUUACAAAUCUCCUCUAUCCAGCUCUUGGACCUGUCCUUUGAAUAACUUAUUUCAAGUACCACUUGGUAUCUGUUCCCCUCACCCUUUUAUGAUGCACCUUUCAAUAUUUAGCUCGAUAAAUUAUUGCAAGUCCUUGAAAUCUGAUGAUGGACUAGCACACCUUCAUAAAGGUGGAUUACCUGGAAAUUAUCA